GCCCUGGGACCGGAUGUGCCCUAUCUAGUGUCACACCACCGCACACCACUGGGUACAGCAGGAGAGCACGCCACUGAAAUGGUUUUCAGCAACAUUUCGUUGAAAGGCUUGUCCUGACUCCUCCGGGCAUGGGAAUCGGCGGGAACGAACACUUGUGAAACGGUGUGAAAGGUCGUGUUAUGAGGAUCGAUUGUUUCACGUCGUUUGGAUUUCGGUAACUUCGAAAACAGUCCUCACCAAGGAUUGUUCCAGAGGGAAUUUCUAGUUUCUUCUUCGUGAUGUUCGAGAUUGGCCGGCAACCGCAAAUAAGUGAGCCAGCAAGAUAUUGGAGGCUCAUUCUGAAAUGGGGAAAAGAAACGGUUGGAAGAACAAUGGCUUAUGGAAAUAAUGAGGUAGCUCAAAAUUUUCAUACCAGUUUUCAUUCAGAGGAAGACUUUCUGGGAAUAUUUGAUGUAGUAUUGGUUGGAGUAUGAAGCUUCUAACUAACGGAAAUUACCUUUUACUGGUGCGUCCCUGCUGACAUUUCACUUAACGAAGGUUUAUGAUGAAGGGAAAACCGAAGUUAAAGGCAUCACUGUUUCAUGACAGAUGCUUGACAACAUGCAAACAAGAAACCUCUAUUGUACUGAGAACACUGAGGAACUGAAGUGAGGUCAUAGUAGCAAACCAGGUUUCUGCAAGAAUUGCAUUGUGGAGGAACUUAUAGUGGAAAGUUUAUUGACAAUGAAAUGUUGGUUCCUGCUAGAAGAAUUGACUGAUGAAUUGGUCACGUCAUUUUCCUUCAUGUUAUUUUUGGAGUGCUGUUCCAGUGAUGACAUAUUAUCGUGAAGAUUCUUUUCGCUCUCAGACUGAAGACGUCGGAAGGGGCGCGCGGUUAUAUAUAAGAUAUGUUGUACCUGACAGUGAAUUACAUUUUGCGCUCCCAGAAUGAAACGUUGGAAGCAGGCUGAAAACCUGUUCAGGGCGAAUGAAAUCGAUGAUCAAUGUGAAAGAGUAAAGAAUGACCACAAAGAAGAAAAAAUAAAACUGUUAACUUUAACGCUCUUAAAAUGGAAGGUCAAAAGGGUGAUAAAUUUUGGAGAGCUAGGCGCUAGAAGGCUUUAGAAGAGCAAUCGGUGAUGUUGCGUGAGUGUUUACUAAAGACUAAUCAAACAGCGACACAAAUUGAUAAUCUGUCUGAGAACCAAGAUAAAAAUGAUAAUAAAAGUAAACAUAUGACGCUAAUAUAAAAUAAAAAACAAAUUUACAAAUGUGUUUUCAAGGAUUUAUAAUUAUUUAGGAAUUUACAAAUCGUUAUGGUGGAAUAAUAUAUCUGUAGAAUCUUGUAACGGAAUAUACUGAACCGUAUCAAUUGUAGAGUGAUGAUGUUAAUGAAAAAUUUUACUUUCAACAUAACCAAUAAAAUGCUCAAAUUCACAAGUUAGUUUUUCAUUUCUAUCUGUUAAAUGGGAAUGAAAGUAUGUGAGAAUGAGAAAUAGUUUUAAUUAAGGUACGUUAAUUUCAUUUUAUUUAUCUAUCGAUUCCAUUCAUAUUUUGUAUUUCAUUACCACAAACCAGAGGUUCCUGGAUUUUUGAAAGGACGUGAUUUCUGUUACAAAACCGUCCAUCGAACAUGUGAGAAUAUAUCGAACGAUUUCUUUAGAUUUGUCAAUUAUAAACAGUAUCUUUAAUGCGUCGUUUUUAUUAGCUCACAGUGGAACACGGCCGUUGUAAGUAAUCCCUUUAUUUGAAAAAUAAAAGAAUGUUCGUUUUAAAUACAAAACGAGAUACGUUGAAUAUACUUUAUUCGUUUUUGAGGGGGGUUUGAAAAUAUACUGAAUGUCUAAACGCGGUAUACAUGGUAAAAAUGACGUGUAAAUACGUUUGUCCUUUCGUCAUCUCCGUGUGGUAUCUUUACUCUGGAAAACACUGUCGCUUUUUUUAAACACAUCUUUCGACACUCACAUUCCACGAAGUCUCGUAGUCUUACUAUUCACCGAACACACACACACACACACACACACACUCACUACCAAUCCAGAACCGAGGAACAUCAAGGGUAGAAAAACAUUAUAUUAAAAUAAACUUUUUUAUUUUUUCUCUUAAAAAUACACCAAAAAAUAAUACUACCUCUGGAAGGCGAGGAAUUAUGACGAGACAAACGAAUUUAUAAUAUUAUAGAAAAAACAACAAAGGAUCAGUCAAAGACAAGUAAAUUAGCGAUUCGCAAUUAGCGGUUACAUGUUUGUCAACACUGGGUACAUUGAACAAAAAUUUCACAAUAGAUUUAUUUCCAUAUAGCAUUGCUGUUUGUAGCGGUGUCAAACCACUAGCAUUGGUCUUAACGAAAAUAAUCUCCUCCUCCUUCCACCGCCACUUGCUCCACGACAGUGACAUCGGCCUCCUCGACAUUUAUAACGUUAGCUUUAGAUACAGCCUUUUCGACGGUUACAGCGUUGACAAUAGCAUUGUCCUGCUCAACGAGAUACUUCACGACAGAUAAUUUAUUACAUU